CCCAAUCCAAGCAUCCAUUCCUGAAUUCCUCCCUGGCCAGCGGCGCCGCCACCGCCAUGAACCGCGUUCACAGCGAGGCUGCCGCUGCUGCGAAGGAGCAGCGCAAGAACGACAAGAGGGAGAAGAGGAAGAAGCACAAGGAUGCCAAGGAGGAUGACUGCGGCGCCUCGAUGGCCGAGGAAGAAGCACCCAAAGAGAAGAAGCAGAAGCAGAAGCAGAGGAAGGAUAAGGACGAGCGGGAGGAGAAGAAAAAGCUGAAGCCGACGGUUAGCAUAGCCGUUGCCGGCUCCAUCAUUGACAACGCCCAGUCCCUCGAGCUCGCCACCCUCCUGGCUGGUCAGAUCGCUCGCGCCGCCACCGUCUUUCGCAUAGACGAGGUCGUCGUCUUUGACAGUACUCCCGCGGCGGAGAACGGCAGCGCCGGUGAUGGUGAAGAGAGCGGCGCGCGGUUCCUUGUUCGGAUUUUGGAGUAUCUGGAAACUCCACAGUACCUCCGCCGCCGCCUCUUUCCGAUGCACAAGAACCUGAAGUUUGUGGGACUGCUUCCACCGCUCGAUGCACCACACCAUGUGCGCAAGCACGAAUGGUCCGAGUUUCGUGAAGGUGUAACAUUGGAAAGUGAUCCCUCAAAGGGGACUCUUGUUGAUGUCGGAUUAAGUAAGAAUGUUCUGGUUGAACAAAAACUAGAACCAGGCAAAAGAGUUACUGUAGCCAUGGGAACAAACCGUGACCUAACGACAGCUUGCAUAAGGAAAGUCGUCCCCCCUUCGACACCCAGGGAACAGAUGGGAUCUUAUUGGGGCUACAAAGUCCGUUAUACUUCAAAUUUAAGUGGUGUUUUAAAAAAUUCCCCAUUCAAGGAAGAAUAUGACCACAUCAUUGGCACCUCAGAGCAUGGACAAAUAGUUAAUUCUUCCGAGCUUACCUUACCUACUUUUAGGCACCUACUGAUUGCAUUUGGUGGACUUGCUGGUUUGGAAGAAAGCAUUGAAGAAGAUACAAACUUGAAGGGUAAACGUGCAGAUGAUGUAUUCACAUCUUAUUUCAAUACAUGCCCCAACCAAGGGAGCAGAACAAUAAGAACAGAGGAGGCACUUCUCAUUUCCCUUCAAUACUUCCAAGAUCCCAUUAGGCGAGCGGAACAGAAAUUGUAGAAGGGAAUACAGAAAACUGCAAAUCUAGCCAUGGCCAACAAGUUCCAGUUGUAAUAGUGGAGUUUUCUCACUGAGUAUCUUGACCCUUCAUGUAUGCGUUGGUGUCAUUGGAGCCAAGAGGUUGUGAGCCAUCGAGGACAUUUUGACACAACCAUUUCAGUUUAGAAAAUUUGAUGCGGAGCUGACUUCAGUGGAAGAGUGUUAGCUUGCCAUUUCAGUGUAUCCAAUUGUUGUCCACUGUAGUCUAUAUCGGUGUUUCAUACCUUUGACCCUGUACUAGAACGACACGGAGGAUCACUGUUAACACCAGAGCGUCAUGCAUGCUUUGAUAAA